AUGGGUAACAGCAUGCCAAUAGAAAAUAUAAGCACUCAACUUACCACUCUCACUGAUCUCGAAAUAACUGCUGUAAAGGGUCUCACUUGUCUACCAGAAGGGAUGCUGAACAAUAACAAUAGUCUCACAUAUUUAGACGUACAUCGUUGUGAUGAGCUGACGUGUAUUGCUCUUGAUGUAUCUGACACGGUCCCUCUUCUUGAGGAGUUGAGUAUAGAUGGUUGUCUCAGCCUAGAGUCGAUUCGGAUCACACAGGGCAUCGCAUCUCUCCGUCAAUUGAUGAUCUACGGUUGUGAGGGAUUAUCAAGCCUAGAGUUUGGGCUCGAUUACUGCACCUCUCUUCAGAAAUUGGAGAUAAGUUGUUGCCCUAAUCUGAUGUCAAUUCCAACCACACAAGGCAUGCCGUCUCUCCGGAAAUUGAUGAUUGAAGAGUGCGAGGGAUUAUCAAGCCUAGGAAGUGGGAUUAGCUUCUGCACCUCGCUUCAGGAAUUGGAGAUAAAGGGUUGUGACAAUCUAACAUCAAUUCCAAUCACACAGGGCAUGCCAUCUCUCCGGAGCUUGAAGAUCUGCUAUUGUGAGGAAUUAUCAAGGCUAGGAAGUGGGAUCAGCUUCUGCACCUCUCUUCAGGAAUUGGAGAUAAAGGGUUGUGACAAUCUAACAUCAAUUCCAAUCACACAGGGCAUCACAUCUCUCCGGAGCUUGAAUAUUUCUUUUAAUCAGAGAUUAUUAAACCUACCGAGUGGGCUCCAAUUCUGCACCUCUCUUCAGGAACUGGGUAUUGGUCCGUUGUGGGAGGAGGACCGCUUCCGGUCCUCCUCUGAUUAUCAGCAACGGAAACGCCGUAGGCUGAUUUCGUUGUGGACACCGAACAUGGCAAUGGAACCAGAAAAUUUGAUCGGACUAGAAGCUCUUCCUGAGUGGUUGGGAAAUCUUACAUCUCUUGAGGCUCUGUCGAUCUAUUAUUGUGAGAAUCUCAAGUAUCUACCUACAAUAAAUGCUAUGAAAAACCUUACCAAAUUGAAGCAGCUCGACAUUAGAGGAUGUCCCCUGCUCAAAGAAAGAUGCACCAAGGAGACUGGCCCAGAAUGGCCCAAGAUUUCUCACAUCCCAGAUCUUCGGUUCUGA